AUGAGCGACAGCGGUUAUACAGCGAGACAUUCCAAAGCCGAGGUCGACAUAUGCGCGGGAUCGAGAGGCGCAGUCUUAGCCGCAGCCGCAGUGAUUAUGGUGAGCGUCGGCUACGAUUGCAGCGGCCUCGAGAACGCAAUUCAAUGCCGCAGUGCAAGUAGCACGCGUACGCUACGCGAGCAGGAACGCAAGCUGUCACGAGAGAGGGAGAAAUUAAGGACGCUUGAAAAGAGUGAGUUGAAGUGGUGUAACUCUCACACCACACGGCUAUAG